UUCUACUCUAUCGUGUCGGAAGGGGUUUGUAAGUAAGCAGUGACUAGUUGGAUAGUGCGACGGUAGCUGCUGACAUAGCGCAUGCGCAGAAGCUGCUGCCUCCCUACACGUGUGUGAGCGUGAAAAUGCCGAAACAGCGGAGUUCACGAAACGCGACUGCUCGUCAUGUGGCGCUGACGGAACAGAUCCUGCAGGACGGAUCAGUCAGGCCCACCACCAGGGUAAAGCGGCGGGGACAAGGGCCUGAUGAGUCGCAAGAUGAUGGCUAUGUGGAUGAGAAGUUGUCUCGGAGGAUCCUGGAGCAGGCCCGGAUUCAGCAGGAAGAACUGGAGGCUGAGCACGGAGCUGGCAGUCUGGCCCCCAAGCCGAAGACGACGGUGUUAGAUUACAAGAACAAAAGCCACGAUUCCGAUUCUGAGGAUGAGGAGUGGCCUACCCUGGAGAAGGCUGCUUCUAUGGAUGCUGGGAGCUACAACGAGGACGUGGAGGUAAAUCCUGAGGAUGAGAGAGCCAUCGAAAUGUUCAUGAACAAAAAUCCACCCCUAAGGCGAACACUUGCUGAUAUAAUCAUGGAAAAGAUCACAGAGAAGCAAACAGAAGUAGAGUCAGUGAUGUCAGAGGUUUCCGGAAGGCCAAUGCCACAACUUGACCCCCGAGUGCUAGAAGUAUACAAGGGAGUAAAAGAGGUGUUAUCCACAUACCGUAGUGGUAAGCUACCAAAAGCCUUCAAGAUUGUGCCGGCUUUGGCAAACUGGGAGCAAAUCCUGUACAUUACUGAACCUGAAUCUUGGACUGCUGCAGCCAUGUACCAAGCUACUCGAAUCUUUUCUUCAAAUUUAACUGAACGUAUGGCACAGCGUUUUUACAACUUGGUUCUGCUUCCACGAGUGCGCGAUGACAUUGCAGAAUACAAAAGACUUAACUUCCACCUUUAUAUGGCUCUUAAAAAGGCAUUGUUCAAACCUGGAGCUUGGUUCAAAGGAAUCCUCAUACCUCUUUGUGAGUCUGGAAGUUGUACCCUGAGAGAAGCUGUGAUCAUUGGAAGUAUCCUGACUAAAUGCUCUAUUCCAGUUCUGCACUCAAGUGCUGCCAUGCUGAAGAUUGCAGAAAUGACAUACAAUGGAGCAAACAGUAUCUUCCUUCGGCUUCUGAUAGACAAGAAGUACGCUCUUCCUUUCCGGGUUCUUGAUGCUCUUGUCUUCCACUUCUUGGUGUUCCGCACAGAUCGUAGAGAACUCCCGGUACUUUGGCAUCAAAGUCUUCUUGCCCUUUGCCAGCGAUAUAAAGAAGAUCUGUCCUCGGAGCAGAAAGAGGCCUUACUGGAACUGUUACGAAUCCACAAUCAUCCACAGAUAGCUAGUGAAAUUCGUAGAGAGUUGGUUAAUUCUAAAUCUAGAGAUGUUGAGUGUGUCACACCUAUGGGCAUGGACUAAUCAAUAGAGUAAUGCCAAUGACUAAGAUGUAUGGCUUGAUUGAGUUUCUCUGGUUAUAUUUACGUUGUAAGGAAAAGUUUAACUGCAGUGCUUAAAUAGCUGUAGACACUUAAUAUGAAACUGACAUCUGGAAACGGCGCUUGUUCCUUGAAGAACCAGAACAGGCUGAGUACAGGAACUCAUAUGGAUGCAUUUUACAACAUAUACAAUUGUGUGCCACUAUUUUCUCAUAGAUUCAUUGAAUGGACAAUUUAAAGAGUAUCUGAUAUUUGGCCAUGCUCCAGUUUAGCACAUCUGACGCAAUACAACAUUCUGUAUUUAAAAUCUACAUCUUGGCCUAAAGCAUGUUUUGUUUUGGUGCAUUAAUCCCAAGAAAUAUAUUUUUAUUAAUGUGCAGUUA